CCUCACACUUUAAAAGACGUUUACUCACACUCUCUCUCUCUCUGGGAUUUGUUCACUGUCUCUCUCUCUCUGUCAGUAAAAGAGCUGAGGAGGACUGACUGACUGACAGAGCUGCCACCUUGCUGGAGAGGCUGCAGCUGCCACAACGGAGCAAAGCAUACAUUUCUCUUGGCUUCAAUGAAGGUGUGAAGACUCGAAGGAGCGCCUCAUGCAACCUGCAACAGCUCGUGACGGAACCCUCAUCUUUAAUAAGGACCGGCCUUAAGUCAGAGGUUCAAACGUAUAUUUAUUCCACCAAACCCACGGCCCACAUCCAGCAUGGGUACACGAGGCGUUCUAGGCUGCCUCCUCCUGACCGCUUUGCUCAGCUUAUCUAACGCCGGGCUCGUGAAGAAAAUCCUACGGCAUCGCCGACAGACUCUGGAACCCCCUGAAGAACUUAACAUCACGCUGCCGAGUGCGCACCGUCCUGUGGUUUUCAACCACAUCUACAACAUCAACGUUCCCGCCAGUUCCCUGUGCUCUGUGGAUCUGGACGCUCCGGAGAGCACGCAGCUCGGGUCUACAGAGGCCACGGCCUCUUCGGGCGAGCACUUCACCGAGCACACGGUCGACGGGGAGAACCAAAUUGUCUUCACCCACCGCAUCAACGUACCUCGGCAGGCCUGUGGUUGCGCCAAAGACCUGAUGGGCCUGAAAGACCUGACGGGCCUGAAAGAACUCAUGAGCCGAAUUGAAAUGCUGGAGGGAGAGGUUUCCUUACUGAGGGAUCAGUGCAACGGUGACAGGGCCUGCUGCGGCACACAGGUCACGGGUGUGGUGGGAACUAAACCUUACUGCCACGGCCAUGGAAACUACAGCGCUGAAACCUGUGGCUGCGUAUGUGAGCCGGGCUGGAAAGGACCCAACUGCACUGAACCCGAGUGUCCCGGUAACUGCCAGAACCGAGGCCGGUGCGUCGACGGAACGUGCGAGUGCUUUAAGGACUUCGCCGGAGCGGACUGCACACUCGAGAUCUGCCCUGUGGACUGCGGAGCACAUGGCCAGUGUGUCGGAGGUGUUUGCAUCUGCUCGGAUGGUUUCCUUGGCGACGACUGCUCGCGAACCGAGUGUCUCAACAACUGCCGCGGCCGCUGUGAAGACGGAGACUGCGUGUGUGACGAACCCUGGACCGGCUCCGACUGCUCUGAGCUCAACUGCCCCAAAGACUGCAACGACCGCGGGCGCUGCCAGAACGGCACCUGCUAUUGCCAUGAGGGGUACGCCGGGAAGGACUGCGGCGAACGCACCUGCGCCAACAACUGCCACGGCAACGGUUUCUGCGUAAACGGCCAGUGCGACUGCGCCGCCGGCUUCAGCGGAGACGACUGCUCUCGGGUCACCUGCCUGAACGACUGUAACGGCAGAGGUACCUGCUUCAACGGGAUGUGCAUCUGCGACGUCGGCUACCAAGGCGCAGACUGCAGCCAGUUGGCGUGCCUGAACAACUGCAACCGCAGAGGCCAGUGCGUAAACGGGCAGUGUGCCUGCAAUGUCGGCUUCCAGGGAGACGACUGCGCCAAGCUUUCCUGCCCAAACAACUGCCGCCAAAGGGGGCGCUGCGUCAACGGCCAGUGCGUGUGCGAGGAGGGCUUCGCCGGAGAGGACUGCAGCAUCAGGACCUGCCCCUCGAACUGCUACGGACGCGGCAAGUGUAUUGAGGGUCGCUGUGUGUGUCAAGAGGGAUUCACCAGCGAGGACUGCGGUGAGGUGAGCUGCCCCAGAAACUGUCGAAAUCGCGGCCAAUGCGUGGACGGGCAGUGCGUCUGCAACGAGGGCUUCUCCGGAGAGGACUGCGGUCAGAGAGCUUGUCCCAACGACUGCCUGACCCGAGGCGAUUGCGUGGACGGCAAGUGCGUCUGCGGGGAAGGCUACUCGGGCCACGACUGCUCGGUGCACGCCUGUCCGGGUAACUGCAACAACAGGGGGCGCUGCGUCGGCGGACGGUGCACGUGUGCGAGCGGUUACGAAGGAGAGGGCUGCGCGGAGCUGAGCUGCCUCAACAACUGCCGGGACAAUGGCCGCUGCCUGGACGGUCUGUGCGUCUGCGAGGAGGGAUACAUCGGAGAAGACUGCUCGGAAGUGUCUCCUCCAAUGGACCUAUCUGUUGGCGAGGUCACCUCUGACACGGUGGACCUGUCCUGGGACAACGAGAUGCUGGUGACCGAGUACCUCGUGACGUACGUGCCCACCAGUCCCGGCGGUCUUCAGAUGGAGUUCACUGUGGCGGGAGACAAAGCGGCGGCCACCGUCAAAGAGCUCGAACCCGGCAUCGAGUACCUGAUCAACGUCUACGCCGUUCUGAGCAACAAGAAGAGCAUCCCCGUCAGCGCGAGGGUGGCCACGGAGCUUCCAAAACCAGAUGGUGUAAUAUUCAAAUCGUUAAAAGAGACCUCAGUGGAGGUGAUGUGGGACCAGCUGGACAUCUCCUUCGAUGGCUGGGAGAUCUAUUUCCGUAACACGAAAGAAGAAAACGGGAAAGUGGUGACCACCCUCCCACCUACUCAAACCCACUUUCUCCAGUCAGGCCUGGGACCGGGACAGGAGUACGAGGUCUCUAUUAACAUCAUCAAGAACAACACCAGAGGUCCCCAAACAUCCAAAAAAGUCACGACCAAGAUCAAAGGCCCCCGGCAGGUGGAGGUGAAGGACGUGACGGACUCCUCCGCCCUGGUGGGCUGGUCUCAGCCGGCGGCUCCCACGGACAGACUCACCAUGUUGUACUGGUCCACCUCGGACCCCUCGGAGGAAACCAGGGUGGAGAUGUCCCCCCAGGUCAAGCAGCACAGCAUCGACGGCCUGAGGCCCGACACCGAGUACACGGUGUCGCUCGUCUCCAGGAGAGGAAAGCUCCACAGUGACCCUUCCAACACCACAUUCACUACAGCCAUGGACGCCCCCGUGGACCUGCAGGCUGUGACCCAGACUGACGACAGCAUCACUCUGGAGUGGACCAACACUCAAGCUGACGUCGGCGAAUACCUGGUGAAAUACAGUCCCCUCUCUGGGUCGACUCACGGUGAAGAACUGGUCCCACGAGGACCUGGAGACACCACCAAAGCCACCAUCACUGGGCUGAAGCCGGGGAUGGAGUACGGGAUUGGUGUGACCGCCGUGAAGAAGGAGAGGGAGAGCAACCCCGCCACUACCAACGCUGCAACCGAUAUCGAUCCUCCCAGAGACCUGAAGGAAACGCAGUCCACAGAGAACACCCUCACCUUGAGGUGGCGGAAACCCCGGGCCAAGGUCGCCGCCUACCGGCUGGUGUACGUCUCCGGGGACGGCCAGGUCGGGGAGGCGGAGAUCCCGCCCGCGGCGACGAGCUACGUCGUGUCCAACCUGAUGCCCGGAACGAGCUACACCAUCACUCUGGCUGCAGAGAGGGGCCUCAAGAGGAGCACGCCCGUCACCGUGUCUGCAUCCACAGCCUCUUUCACAUUUUAUUUAGCUGACACAGACGACCGUGAGCUCACGACUCCUCCGGGCUCGGAGGACAAUGUCAUUAGCUUUGCGUAUUUAGAGCCCUCCGACUUUCCGUCCUCAGUGGGAACGGAGGAUGAGGAUGAGGAGCUGACGGUCUCGGGCGUCACGCCCCACGGAUUUGACCUCACGUGGAAACUAAAGGCUCACGGCGCCUACGAUAGUCUGACAGUAGGAUAUAAAGACGCUCGGCGAUUAUGGGAUGCCAGAGAGGCCCGACUUCCUGGAGAUGCCACUGGCUCUCGAAUCCAGGGCCUGAAUGCAUCGACAGAAUAUCAAAUAGAACUUUAUGGAAUUACCGGUAGCCAGAGAUCUGCGCUACUCGAAGCGGUCGCAGUCACAGCGCCCCAGCCUACCUCUCCAGGUGUGCUCAUGCUGAGCAUCAGAGAUGCCCCGACCACUGCUGUGGAGACAGCAGCGGCUCAAAGUCCAGAUCCCCUCCGUCCUCUAAGCACUCCCGAUGACGGUACCAUGAGCUCCGGGGCCGAGCCCGAGGGCUCGAGCCCGGACGUACCGGGGGACCUCGAGGUCCACGUCACCUCCACCAGCUUUCUGGUGGAGCUCGGUGCUCAUGUGACCAUAAUACCAGGAAGUGUGAGAAACACUGAAAUAGAGGGUGUGUCCCCCUCCACACUAUAUGAUAUCACAUUGCAAGGGCUGUUGGAAGGGGAGCGAUCUUUACCUCUCAAAGUUGUUGCUACGACAGUAGAGCCGAAGCCCAUGGUGCACCUCACCGCCUCUGACAUUACAUGGGACGGCUUCACUGCGUCCUGGAGCCCCACCAGUGGGGAAUUUGACAGCUUUGUCAUUGAGGUCACAAACUUGGAGAAUUUGAAGGAGAGCCAGAACCUCAGUCUGUCCGGAGACGCGUUCAGCCUGGGCAUCUCCGGGCUGAACCCCAACACCAGCUACAUGGUUGGCCUGUUUGGGAUGUACCGGGGCUCCUUCCUGGAGCCCGUGUACACCCAAGCCACCACAGUGAAUCAACCAGUGGUUGGCAAACUAUAUAUCUCAAACUUAACGUCAGAGAGCUUUUCAAUCUCCUGGAACGGCACUGAAGGAGAAUUUGAUGGUUUUAUCCUGGAGAUAAUUGAUUCCGAUUGGCUGAUGGAGCCAAAGGAAUAUAACGUAUCCCGCAGUGUGGCGUCCCACGACGUAACGGGGCUCAGGCCCAGCACUGACUAUAUAGCCUACCUCUAUGGGACAUUCAAGGGAUCCCGAACAAGCGCUAUCAGUAUUGUUGCAUCAACAGCCGAAGAGCCUGAUUUGUCCAGGCUAGUUGUUUCUAACGUUACCUCAGACAGAUUGUAUCUGUCGUGGCGGACAGGAGAGAAGGCCUUUGAUGUCUUUAUAGUCGAAGUCAGAGAGUCUGCUUUGCCCUCGCAGGCGAUGGGGCGCACUCUGGCGGGAGACGUGCGCUCCGCGGUCAUGGCCGGGCUCAAAGCGCGCACAAGCUACGACAUAAAGCUGUACGCCAGCGCCGGGGGCCAGAACACACAGCCCCUGUUUGAUGUAGCUACAACAGAGGAUGUUCCCCAGUUGGGGCCCAUAGCGGCUUCAUCUGUGAGCCCACAUAACCUCAGCUUGUCCUGGAGCGCCGUGUCGGGCCACUUUGAUGGCUUUGUUGUCCGGGUCAGUGACCCCGAGCAGCAGUCUGACACGCUGGAGUUCAAACUGCCCGGUGAAGUGCGUAACUUUACCGUCUCUAACCUGAUGGAUGCCACAGGCUACGAUAUUGAACUGUACGGUAUUUCUCACGGCCGCCACACUCCCUCUGUGUUGGCCCACGCCGUCACAGCUCCUUUGCCUAAAGUGGAAAACUUGACCAUUUCCAACCUCACCCCCUACGGCUUCCGUGUGUCGUGGGAGGUGAAGCAGCAGCAGCAGCAGCAGCAGCAGCAGAAGGAGGAGGAGGAGGAGGAGGAGGAGGAGUUAGCGCCCUCUAGUGGCGGCUUCACACAUUUUCAAAUAGUGGUGACUGACUCUGGCUGGCUGCUGGAGCCUCAGGAGUUCACUCUGCCAGGAAACCAAAGUCACCUGGACAUCUGGGGCCUCAUCACCGGCAUAGGCUAUGAGGUCAGGCUGACCGGGGUGUCAGAGUCGGGGCUUCUCUCUCGGCCUCUGACGACAGUGGCUGUGACAGAGGCCGAGCCAGAGGUGGAGCAUCUCUUCGUCUCGGACGUCACGGCCGACGGUUUCCGUCUGUCGUGGGCGGCCGACGACGACUUGUUCGACCGAUACGUGAUCAAGAUAAGAGACGGCAAAAAGUUCGCUCACCCUCGAGAGUACAGCGCGAGCGGCGCCGAGCGAACCAAGGUGUUGACCGGCCUCAUGAGCGGCACCGAGUACGAAAUCGAGCUUUACGGCGUCACGUUGGACGAACGCUCCCAACCCAUUACUGGGGUUGCUCAGACAGGCCUGAGCACUCCAAGAGGACUCAGCUUCUCCGAGGUGACGGACUCCUCGGCGGUGGUUCACUGGUCCAUGCCGCGCUCUCCGGUGGAUAACUACCGCAUCGCCUACGUUCCCUUUGAAGGAGGAAGCCCCCUGGUGGUGACUGUGGGCGGCGACGUGUUCGAGACCGUGCUGCCCGACAUGAUCCCGGGCAAAAUGUACCAAGUGUCUGUGAGUGGUGUGAAGGGUCUUGAGGAAAGUGACCCCAGCACUGACACUGUAAUCACAGCUUUGGACAGACCUCAGGGUCUAACUGCAGCGAAUGUCACCGACGCCUCGGCCCUGUUGGUGUGGCAGCCGUCUGUGGCCACUGUCGAUGGCUACGUCAUUACGUACAGCGCGGAUUCAGUGUCCCAUGUGGUGGAGCGUGUUUCUGGGAACACGGUGGAGUUUGAGAUGAACUCCUUGGUUCCAGGAGCUCACUACACAGUUGGAGUACACUCUCUGAAGGAAGCUCAGAAGAGUGACUCUGCUGUUACUGAAUUCACCACCGAUGUGGAUCCUCCUCGUGAUCUGAUGGCUGUAAACAUUCAAACUGACAGUGCGACUCUCACGUGGAAACCUCCGCAGGCGGCUGUGACUGGUUACACACUCACCUUCUCAGCUGACGGUGCUAUCAGGGAAGUGGUGCUCAGCCCGACGGCGUCCUCUUACAGCAUGGCUGCUCUGACGGGCUCCACAGAGUACGACGUGACGCUUCAGGCCAUCGCCGGGACCCAGAGGAGUCGUCACGUGACUACCGUCUUCACGACCAUCGGGCAGCUGUACCGACGCCCUCGGGACUGCGCUCAGAUCUUCCUGAACGGAGAGGCGAGCUCCGGCCUGUACGCCGCGUACGUGAACGGCGAGGAGCGGCCGCCCAUCCAGGUGUACUGCGACAUGACCACGGACGGCGGGGGGUGGAUGGUUUUCCUCAGACGCCAGAAUGGAAAGUUGGAAUUCUUCAGGAAUUGGAGGAACUACACCGGUGGCUUCGGGAACAUGAAGGAUGAGUUCUGGCUGGGUCUCUCCAACCUCCAUAAAAUCACAAAUUCUGGCCACUACGAGCUGCGAGUGGACUUGAGGGAUGGCGGGGAAUCGGCCUACGCUCAGUACGACAAGCUCACCAUCGCAGAGCCGAAGAAGCGCUAUAAGAUCUACGUCGGGGCGUACAGUGGGACAGCAGGCGACUCCAUGACGUACCACCAGGGUCGGCCCUUCUCCACCUUCGACAACGAUAACGACAUCGCCGUCACCAACUGCGCCUUGUCGUACAAAGGCGCCUUCUGGUAUAAAAACUGUCAUCGUGUCAACCUCAUGGGGAAAUAUGGUGACGGCAGUCACAGUAAGGGGAUCAACUGGUUCCACUGGAAGGGCCACGAACACUCAAUUGAAUUUGCAGAGAUGAAGAUUAGGCCGGCCAACUUCAGACAUUUUGAGAGCAGAAAAAAGCGAUCGUAGACCCGAGAGCUCCCCCAUCCUCGUCUCCACCUCAUCUCCACCCCCCUCUCUCUCUCUCUCUCCAUGUUCCCUCAUCAUCACAUCAUUCUGUAAAAUACACACAAAACAAAAGAUAAUCACGCUGAAUGUAAUUAAGGAACAUGUGGAAUGGAUACGGUGACGUUCACGCCAAAGAAUCAAGCCGUUUCUUGUGGGUCGCCGUCCCAAUUUGGCACCGUUGAGUUUGAUGAGCGGCAAUGUGGACGCAUACAGUAUAACAUGCAUUAUUGGGACCAAACAUCUGUUAUCGUGUGAGGAAUUCAUUGUGAAAUUGUGUAAAUGGAUCCACUCAGUCAGUAACAUGUCAAGGGCACAUAGUCAGAAGGCGUCACCCCCCCUAAAAUAACGAAAAGUUAAUUCAAUGUACAGCCAACAGAUCAUUUUUAAUUAAUAUUUAAAUUUGUAUUUACUCAUUUUGAUAGAAAGAUGCUCUGUAACCUUCAAUACAAAUACAAAUAUUAGUUUGAUAAAGAUGUGUGUGAGCUCUUUAAAAAACCAAACAAGUAGACGUUUGAAUGAGUUCCACCUCCGUGCCACUAGGUGGCAGUGUUUACUCUAUGCAAAACUAAGAUGUACUUUGUUGAGCUACUUAGGAUGAUAUUUUACAGAGCUAUCAAAAAUAUGAAUAAUUUAUGAUCUUGAAAAUAAUUUCAUUCAGUACUUGUUUUUGAGAAGACCUCAAUUUAAUGAGCAAAACAAAACACAUGUUAUUAUUCUUUAAUAGGUUAAUCCAUCCGUAUGUGUUGUUGCUGCUUGUCUGGGUCCAGGUCAUGUUAUAUAAAACACAACAAAUGUGGCAAACAUAUCAAUUAAUUCAUGUGCUUAUUGGCCUGAUUGGCUCUCUUUUAUUUUGUCAUUUUGUGUGACAGUGAACAUGUGGUAUGUGGCGUUAAAAAGUCUUCAUUUGAGUUUGUUUAACUCUGCAGAAACCCUUUCAUUCGUUGUUUGAUAUCAGAAAAGCUUCUACAGUUCAAAUAAAAAUUCAAUUUCAGUGAAUCUUUUA